GCCCGGCGCCCCCCGCAGCCCCGGGCGCCGCGCGUCCAGCCCGGCCUGCGGCCCCAGCCCCUGCGCCGCUCUCCCGACCCGAAAUCGUCCGCCGGACUGUGCCACCUGGCCGUCCGGCCUGCCCGGGUGUGUGUUUUGGUCUGGACUGGCGUCUGGGCCGUCAGUCCCCACUGGUCGGGCCAUGCCGAGUCGCCGCGUCGCCAGAUCGUCCGCUGCGCCGGAGCUGGGGGCCUUGGGGUCCGCUGACCUCUCCUCGCUCUCGCUAGCCGUUUCCCGGACCACGGAUGAAUUGGAGAUCAUUGACGAGUACAUCAAGGAGAAUGGCUUUGGCCUGGAGGGGGCGCCGCCGGGCGCCGGCGAGGGGCUGCCGCGCCUGGUGUCCCGCGGGGCGGCCUCCCUGAGCACCGUCACCCUCGGCCCCGCGGCGCCCCCGACCACGCCGCCCGCCUGGGGCUGCCCCCUGGGCCGGCUGGUGCCCCCAGGCCCCGGGCCGCGGCCGCACCUGGUCAUCACCGAGCAGCCCAAGCAGCGUGGGAUGCGCUUCCGCUACGAGUGCGAGGGCCGCUCCGCCGGCAGCAUCCUGGGGGAGAGCAGCACGGAGGCCAGCAAGACGCUGCCCGCCAUCGAGCUCCGGGACUGUGGAGGGCUGCGGGAGGUGGAGGUGACUGCGUGCCUGGUGUGGAAGGACUGGCCUCACCGAGUUCACCCCCACAGCCUGGUGGGCAAGGACUGCACGGACGGCGUCUGCAGGGUGCGGCUCCGGCCUCAUGUCAGCCCCCGGCACAGCUUUAACAACCUGGGCAUCCAGUGCGUGAGGAAGAAGGAGAUCGAGGCCGCCAUCGAGCGGAAGAUUCAGCUGGGCAUCGACCCCUACAACGGGUCUCCAGCCACCACGCUCAGCCUUCCCUGUGUCACAGCUGGGUCCUUGAAGAACCAUCAGGAGGUGGACAUGAAUGUCGUGAGGAUCUGCUUCCAGGCCUCGUACAGGGACCCGCAAGGACAGAUGCGCCGGAUGGACCCCGUGCUCUCUGAGCCCGUCUACGACAAGAAGUCCACAAACACAUCAGAGCUGCGGAUCUGCCGAAUCAACAAGGAGAGCGGGCCAUGCACGGGUGGCGAGGAGCUCUACCUGCUGUGUGACAAGGUGCAGAAAGAGGACAUCUCAGUGGUGUUCAGCAGAGCCUCCUGGGAAGGCCGGGCAGACUUCUCCCAGGCUGACGUGCACCGCCAGAUCGCCAUCGUGUUCAAGACGCCGCCCUACGAGGACCUGGAGAUCGUCGAACCGGUGACGGUGAACGUGUUCCUGCAGCGGCUCACGGACGGGGUCUGCAGUGAGCCUCUGCCCUUCACGUACCUGCCUCGGGACCAUGACAGCUACGGGGUGGACAAGAAGCGGAAACGGGGGAUGCCUGACGUGCUUGGGGAGCUCAAUAGCUCUGACCCCCAUGGCAUCGAGAGCAAACGACGGAGGAAAAAGCCGGCCUUCCUGGAUCACUUCCUGCCCAGCCAUGGCUCAGGCCCGUUCCUCCCACCAUCAGCGCUGCUGCCAGACACAGACUUCUUUCCGGGCACUGUAUCCCUCCCUGGCCUGGAGCCCCCCGGCGGGCCGGAUCUCCUGGACGAUGGCUUUGCCUAUGACCCUGCUGCCCCCACACUCUUCACCAUGCUGGACAUGCUGCCCCCAGCGCCACCACUCCCCAGCGCUGUCGCGGGCAACGGGGGGGCAGGGGCCCCGGUCGCGGAGCCCACGGGCCCUGAGCCGCUGACGCUGGACUCGUACCAGGCCCCGGGCUCCGGGGAUGGAGGCACUGCCAGCCUCGUGGGCAGCAACAUGUUCCCCAACCAGUACCGCGAGGGGGGCUUUGGGAGCGGCCUUCUGUCCCCCGGGCCGGAGGCCACGUAGCCCCUGCGGCACUGGAGGAGAGGCGCUGGGUGGGGAGGGUGGUGGAAGGGGCCGUGCAAACCCAACCGGGAUGUCCAGCACCCCCAUCCCCUUGGGCUGCCCUUGGUCCGUCUUCCGACGUCCUCAUCCUUCCUAAUCGGACAUCUUCAGUGCUGGAGAGAAACGCCGUAGCAUCGGUUUCCCUUGAGCCCAUUUUACAAAUGAGAAAACUGAGUCUGGAGAGGAAAAGGGGUUUGGCUUCCAAAUAAUAGCUCUUUAAAGUUGCCUCAGCUGGGGUGCCUUCUCCCGGCGGAUUCUAAAGUGUAAAUAGGGGAGGGGGGCGCAGAUCCCUAGCCCUCCCUCCCCACGCCUGAAGGUGGGGGGGGGUAAUUGUUCACAGUCUUCCCAAUAAAGACGAAUUUUUGAGCCCGG